AUGAGGCAUCUGCCUUACUUCUACCCGGGCCAAGCGAUGCGGGGCUUCGGCCGCGGCUCCAAGCAGCUGGGCAUGCCCACAGCUAAUUUUCCUGAGCAAGUGAUAGAUAAUCUUCCAGCUGACAUAUCCACUGGCAUUUACUAUGGUUGGGCCAGUGUUGGAAGUGGAGAUGUCCAUAAGAUGGUGGUGGGCAUAGGAUGGAACCCAUAUUACAAGAAUACCAAGAAGUCUAUGGAAACACAUAUCAUGCAUACCUUCAAAGAGGACUUCUAUGGGGAAAUCCUCAAUGUUGCCAUUGUUGACUACCUGAGACCAGAAAAGAACUUUGAUUCUUUAGAGUCACUUAUUUCAGCAAUUCAGGGUGAUACUGAAGAAGCUAAGAAAUGA